GCAGGUACUCCUUAAUAUGUGUAGGCAUUUCACCAAUCUCUUCGGUGGGACACGAGGGGAAAAUGGCGGGACAGAUCGAUGUUGAGAAAAACAUCGAGUCCAAAGGUUUGGAGAAGACGCUCACUUUCGACGAUGACCCGUCACUCAAUCCACAAAAUUUCUCACAGGCGCGCAAGAUCCUCAUCCUCAGCAUAGCAGUACUGCUCACGACGAGUAGUACAUGCGGCACAUCAUUAGCAUCUGGAGGUGCCAAGGCAACUCUCCGGGAUUUUGGCCUACCUGAAGCAUACGGUUGGGAGGUUCUUCCAGUUUCAAUCUAUCUGGUGGGCUAUUUUAUCGGUAAUACCGCACUGGCACCAUUGAGCGAGAACUAUGGCAGGAGACCGGUCAAUCUCUCGACGAUAGUCUUUUAUAUGAUCUGGAUGAUGGCUUGUGCACUUGCACCGAAUUGGGCGGCCUUCAAUGUCUUUAGGUUAUUGAACGGGUUCUUCUCCGCAGGCGCGCCGGCCACAGUUAGUGGGAUUUGCGCUGAUCUCUACUCUGAUGACAUGCGCCGUGGCCGCGCACUCCUUUGGUACAACAUGGCUACCACUCUAGGAUCCACCCUCGGUCCUUUGAUCUCUGGCUUUGCUGUUUUCGACAACUGGCGGCUGUCUUACUGGAUCGGACUCGGUUAUGGUGGAAUAUGUUUCUUGGGUGUACUUUUCCUAAUCCCAGAGACCAAUUCCAGAACCAUACUAGACAAGCGAGCAAAAAAGAUCCGCAAAACAGAGGAAACUGAUUUACCACGUGGACCUCACGAAGAUGAUACAUUCAUCUGGCAAAAUCUUCUCACCAAAGUUCUCAUUCGUCCUGUCAGGAUGCUGUGCAGAGAGCCACUUGUUCUCGGAUCUUGUUUGUACCUGGCUUUUCAGUAUUCUAUCCUGUACAUCUACUUACAGUCUUACUCCAUUAUCUUCCAAGACAUAUACGGCUUCAACACGGGUGAGAAAGGUCUUGCUUUCAUCCCAAUCGCUGUCGGCACCCUCUCCGCCUUCCCGGUCAACAUUCUCAUCGAACACGUCUACCUCAACGCCUGCUCUCAAGAUUCACCGUGGACAAAACAUCACGGUGCCAGAAGACUCCCGGCUGCUUGCAUCUCUGGCCCAUUAAUCGUGACAUCCCUCUUCUGGAGCGCAUGGACGUCACGGCCUUCAGUCCACUGGUCUAGCUCUGUACUAUCAGGAGUUCUCUAUGGUUUGGGAUAUACGUUGAACUUCAAUGCAUUGUUGAACUAUUUGGUCGAUGGGUAUGCGAGUUAUACAUCCUCGGCGAAUGCAGCGUCAAGCUUAACAAGACAGAUCAUGGGUGCGGCAUUGCCUUUUGCCGCAGUGCCCAUGUAUGAUGCUCUAGGAGUCGGUUGGGCGAGCAGUCUAUUGGGUUUCGUGGCUGCAAUAAUGAGUAUUAUACCUUUUCUUUUCUGGAUGUAUGGUAAAAAGCUGCUGGAAAAAAGUAUCCUAGCACAGGAGCUGGCAAGGGAAAAAGAGCGAGGGUGCAGAUAACAUUUGGAUAAUCUGCAAUUUUCUUUGACCAGCUCUUGCUUCUGAGCAGUAUGUUGUAUACAUAACAAGUCUCAUUUUCAUGAUCACAACUUGAACGAGGACCAAGUUCUAGAUACUGCGUCAACUAAAGCCAUCCUUCUCGCAGGUAACACUCCAGAGAUUUUCAUCAGCCACACUCGACUCAUCGAUAGCACAAC